AUGGCAACCCGCAGCCAACUGCACCCUGGAAAUGUAAGAUGGCGUUUAUUUUGUAUAUUGCAAUGGGAAGUGGGCUUUCUUCUCCUUCUCACUUCUACGGGUAACAGAGUUGCUGGACAGAUUCGUUACUCUAUCCCAGAGGAGAUGAAAAAGGGUUCCGUUAUUGGCAGUGUCGCACAAGACCUCGGUCUGGAUCUGAAAAGGCUCCGUUCUGGCCGUGCCCGCAUCGUCAGCGGAGAAAACAUCCAGUACACUGAGCUGAAAACAGACAAAGGGAUUUUGGUCGUGAAUGAGAGAAUAGAUCGUGAACAGCUUUGUGGAGACGUGACGCCGUGUAGCUUCAGUUUCGAAAUGAUCUUAGAAAACCCAAUCGAACUCCAUCGCGUCACAAUACUGAUCCAGGACCAGAACGACAACCCCCCUCAGGUUCUGUACCCAGUCCAGACUGGUGGCUCUCUGGUGGCUGAACUGGUGCCUCGUUCAGCAGAUGUUGGCUAUCUGGUCACUAAAGUGGUGGCUGUGGAUGUGGACUCUGGACAGAAUGCCUGGCUCUCCUUUAAACUGCAGAAAGCCACAGACAGGGCGCUGUUUGAAGUGGGCUCACAGAAUGGAGAAAUAAGGACUAUUCGCCAAGUCACUGAUAAAGACGCAGUGAAACAAAGACUAAGUGUUAUAGUUGAGGACAACGGGCAGCCCUCUCGUUCCGCUACAGUCGUUAUUAACGUGGCGGUGGCGGACAGCUUCCCGGAAGUGCUGUCGGAGUACACUGACUUUACGCAGGACAAGGAGUACAAUGACAACCUGACUUUUUACUUAGUGUUGGCUCUGGCUGUAGUUUCCUUCCUCUUCAUCACGUGUGUAGUGGUUAUUAUCUCAGUGAAAAUCCACAGAUGGAGACAGUCCCGCGUCCUGUAUCACUCCAACCUCCCUGUGAUUCCAUAUUAUCCACCACGUUACUCAGACACUUUGGGGACAGGGACUCUCGAGCACGUGUACAAUUACGAGGUGUGCAGGACAACAGACUCCAGAAAGAGUGACAUGAAAUACACGCAGCCGAUCAGUCAAAGUUUGGUGAGUGUGGAUGGAGCUGGAAUUGAAACACCACAGGUGGACAAGCAACUGUCAGGCAACUGUUCUCAAAUGUCAACUCUGGUGAGUGAUAUGUUUUAUUUUCAACUCUCCAUUUUCACAUUGUUUGUCUUUGAGCAAAGUUUACAGUUGUCAGUCGCGCUUCAGUGUCGCUGUCCACGGUGCUGA